AUGGCAUCGUAUCUUUAGCAUUAACCUUAAAUUAUACUGGAUUCCUUAAUACUCUAUUUCAUUAAAUCAUGUAUUAGAAGUCGUUACUCAUUUUUGCCUAUCUGCUUCAUCAAAUAUCAAAUAUUCUUAAGUUGUGACAUUAAUUUACAAAUCAGCCAUAUCUAACAACUAUCUUAACUUGCCAAGCGUAGCUAUGAGUAUAUUACAUCCAUUCUCAUUUAAAUAUUUGACAUCGUGUUCAUUCGAAGUCAAAUAUAAUCUUGUCUUAAUUCACAACUUAAAACUUCUUUGCAACAUCAAAAAUUUAAUGUGCCAAUUCUCUUGUAUGUGACAAUCUCAAACCAAAUAGUUGAUAAUCUGAGUAUUUCUAUUUUGAGAAUUGAUUAAACAAUGAAACCAAAAGUGUUAAAGUUUAUCCUCAUCCUGUUUAGGCUUCAACAGCAACAUCAUAAUUUUUAUGACAUGUGGAAUCGCGGCUUUUAAACAGGCAUCAAGUACUAGAAUUUAAACUCAUCUGCUAUAACUUUUUGA